UAAAUAACAGAUGCGGGUGAAAGAACCUUCCCAAGCUUUGCCUGAGAAAGCCAAAAGGAGUAAAAGACCUGCUAUACCUCGUGAUGAAGACUCUUCAGACGACAUUGCUGUAGGUUUCACUUGCCAGCAUGUAAGUCAUGCUAUCAGUGUGAAUCAUGUGAAGAAAGCAAUAGCUGAGAAUGUGUGGUCAGUUUGCUCAGACUGUUUAAAAGAAAGAAGAUUCUGUGAUGGGCAGCCAGCACUUCCCUCUGACAUAUGGUUGUGCCUCAAGUGUGGUUUUCAGGGAUGUGGUAGAAACUCAGAAAGCCAUCAUUCACUGAAGCACUACAAGAGUUUGAGAACAGAAUCUCAUUGUGUUACAAUUAGUCUGAGCACAUGGAUUAUAUGGUGUUAUGAAUGUGAUGAAAAAUUAUCAACACAGUGUAAUAAGAGGGUUUUGGCCCAAACAGUUGAUUUUCUCCAGAAGCAUGUUUCUAAAACGCAAACAAGUGCAUUUUCUAGAAUCCUUAAACUUUGUGAGGAAAAAUGUGAAACAGGUGAAAAAAAGAAGGGAAGAAAAGGCAGCAGUGUACCGUCUGUGAAAGGAAUUUCAAAUUUAGGAAAUACUUGCUUCUUUAAUGCAGUCAUGCAGAACUUGGCACAAUCUUACAUUCUUAUGGAACUGAUGAAUGAGAACAAAGAAAAUGGGACAAAACUCAAGAUUUUUCCUUCCCCAGAAUCUCAGCUGGACCCACUAAUAGUGGAACUUUCAAGCCCUGGACCAUUGACCUCAGCCUUGUUGGUGUUUCUUCACAGCAUGAAGGAGACUGAAAAAGGACCACUUUCUCCUAAAGUUCUUUUUAAUCAACUUUGUCAGAAGGCCCCCCGAUUUAAAAGUUUCCAGCAACAGGACAGUCAGGAGCUUCUGCAUUAUCUGCUGGAUGCAGUGAGGACAGAAGAAACAAAGAGAAUACAAGCUAGCAUUCUAAAAGCAUUUAACAACCCGACUACUAAAACUGCUGAUGAUGAUACUAGAAAAAAAGUCAAAGCAUAUGGAAGAGAAGGUGUGAAAAUGAACUUCAUAGAUCGGAUCUUUAUUGGUGAAUUAACUAGCACAGUCAUGUGUGAAGAAUGUGCAAAUAUCUCCUCAGUGAACGAUCCCUUUAUUGAUAUUUCACUUCCUAUAAUAGAAGAAAGGGUUUCAAAACCAGUACUUUUGGGAAGAAUGAGUAAAUAUAGAAGUUUGCAGGAGACAGAUAAUGAUCACUACAGUGAGACUGUUACUAUAGAAAAUACUUCUGAACCCAGAGCCACCAAGAACCAGUCUUCAUCUAAAGAUAAGAAUCAACUAGUUCAUGGCAGAAAAUGUGUAAGAAAAUUGUCAUCUGGAGAAGAUAGAGCAGUCAUCAUAUGCCAGAAAAACGAGCACCUUGAGAUGAACGGGGAUUCCUCAGCAUUUGCAAGCAUCACAAAUACUGAGUCGGCUCUGACUGAAAGCCCCACCGAUGGCAGUGAGAAAGAGGCCAGCCGUUCUGAAAGUAGCGCUGAUGCGGACGGCGAGGCUUCAGAAUCCGAAAGUGCUUUUGAGCAGGCUGUGUUGUUGAGGUCUAGCCGUGGAUGCGGUGUGCGCCCGCAUGCCCCCUCUCCCCAGCUGCCGGCAGCUGGCCCACCCACCAGGGAGCCUGGCACUGGUGACAAGGGAGUGGCUGAAGCUAUUUCUGAACUUCAUCUGAGCAGCCCUGUAACUGGAGAUAGACAUUUUGAUAGAGAAAAUAAGCCACUAAGUGUUCCAAAUAGUUUAUGUUCUUCAGAGGAGAAGCAUAUGCUGUCUCCUCGCCCCCAAAAUGCUUUUCAGACACUUUCUCAGAGCUAUGUAACUACUUCUAAAGAAUGCUCACUUCAGUCCUGUCUCUACCAGUUUACAUCUAUGGAAUUACUAAUGGGGAAUAACAAGCUUCUGUGUGAGAAUUGUGCUGAAAAGAAGCAGAGGUACCAAAAGGAAACCGGUUCCCCAGAAAAGAAAGCAGAAGGGGUUUAUACUAAUGCCAGGAAGCAAUUGCUCAUUUCUGCUGUUCCAGCUAUCCUAAUUCUCCAUCUUAAAAGAUUCCAUCAGGCUGGCUUGAGUCUUCGAAAAGUAAACAGACAUGUAGAUUUUCCACUUACACUUGAUUUAGGACCAUUCUGUUCUGCUACUUGUAAGAAUGUAAGUGUGGGAGAUAAAGUUCUCUAUGGUCUCUAUGGCGUGGUGGAACAUAGUGGCUCAAUGAGGGGAGGUCACUACACGGCUUAUGUGAAAGUGAGAACACCCUCCAGGAAAUUAUUGGAGCAUAUCACUGGAAAGACAUAUGUACCUGGUUUGAAAGAACCUGACAGUGAAUCGACAGGCCAGUGGGUCCAUGUUAGUGACACUUACGUGCAGGUGGUUCCAGAAUCAAGAGCACUUAGUGCACAAGCUUACCUUCUUUUCUAUGAAAGAAUAUUAUAA